AAAUAUAUUAUAGUGUGUAAUGCAAUAUUAGUUUAUGAAUGAUUUGAUACUGAGAAGAAAGAAAUUAAGCAUGUUACUUUAUAACAGAUGGCUCUUGAGUUGCGUAAUGUAAUACUUAAGCCGUCUUUCAGUAGAUGGAGUAAGUAACCAAAAUUUUUUGACACAAUGCUUGAUUCGAAAUAUAUAGAACCAGCUACUGCCCUUUCAAACAGUGAUUUCGACUUUAAAGAAAUCUAUAUUUUGUAUUGCUCAGGUGUAAUAAAAAUACUGUUAUUUUUAUAUAAUUUUAUGUGUACUGUUUCUCGGAUUAACAAAAUAAUUAAAACUGGUUUUUAAAAAUGAGUAUGAUAGAGGUGGAUCCAAACUUGUUUAUAAUGUGUCGCCUGUGCUUAGACGAGACAGGACAGUACCAGAUUGUGCCAAAAGUUCAGAGGCAAAUAAAAUAUUGCUUUGAAAUUAAUGUUGAACCUUUUGAUGGACUUCCUCAACUUAUAUGUAAAAAGUGCGAGUCAAUCUUGAGUCAAUAUGCUAGUAUUAAACAAAUGUACCAAGAAAAGCAAAACAAAUUUAUGGAAAAAAUGAAAUCUAAUCCAAAUAACCCAGUGCCCACAGAAAAUAUUCCAUCACCUAACGAGAACAACUGUACGCAACAACAUCAAGAUACGGUUUUCUCUACGCAACAGAUAGAUUCUGUUAAAAAGAAUCUUGAACCUGGCAAAAAAGAAAAGUCUAAAAGAAAGUCAUUAUCUCUUAAAUUAUCUAAGAAAAUGUUUUUAAAGGAAGAUGAAUCACUUAAUAGUAAAUAUGAAAAUUUGUGUUCCAAUAAUGAGGAUAACUCUCAAACUAUAAUAACAAACAGUGUUUCAACAAAGAAUAAAUCCUCUUGGAUUAGUGACUACAGUAAAACUUUCGUCUGUAGAAUAUGUUCUAAAGUAUAUAAAGAUAAGAGAGAUGUGAUGUCUCACAUGAAAAAACAUGAAAGUCUCAUUAUGAGUUAUUCAAAUAUUAUAAAUUCUCAUUUGGAUAUAGCAAUUAAUAAAAUAGAUAAGACCCCAAAUAUAACUGGAAAAAAGAAAUAUGUUGUUUUCAGCGAAGACAAAAUAAUAAAAAACGAACAUGCAUUGUACUAUAUCGUAUACUGCGCUAAGGUAAAGAGAGAUAGGUCGCUGUCAUCCUCAUCGGAUGAUGAUGUAGUUGGUAGAAAAUCAAAAUAUAAACGACAGAGGUUUAUUUCUGAAGAUUCUCAAAGUUCAGCCAAUAUAGAAGUUAUCGAGGACAAUAUAGCUUCAGCUGAUGUUGAGAUACAAAACGAGAAAUGCGAUACGAAUGAUAAAAAUGAUGAGGAUGAUCGAUUAUCGGAUGACAAUGUCGACUGCGUUAAUAUUGACGCUGACGAGAUAUCAAACGAAAGUAGUAAGGAAACUGCAUGCCAUAAAGAAAAGCCAGUGAAGAAACCACCUCAAAGAAAUAAAAUGACGAUUACUGACAUUAUAACGGCCUGUCGAAACAGAUAUUUAAAUAGGCAUGACACGUACAAAAACGUAUCAAAGUUACAAGAAAAUAUGGAAUCUUUUCUACAGCAUAAAUUUUUAAGUAUAGGUACAAAGAUAGUUCACAAAGGUCUUAACUCAACAGGCUUGUUGAGGUAUUUGGAGCACAAAGCUCUUGACAUAAAUUGGUUACAGAGUAAGAAUUCUCAUUCUAAUAUAAUCAUUAAAACUAAGUUGAAAGAUACUAACGCUGUCUCUAUCAGUCUUGAUAAUCUCGCCUUAAAAAAUAUUACUCAUUAUAUUAAAGAUCAUCCCACUCGAGACUUUGUCGAUGUUUUUGAAAAUGUGUUAAGCGAAAAAGAAGCCGGCGAUGCAAGCUCGUCUUCAUCAUCCGUUAUCGUGUUAAAUGAUAAUCAAACUGAAAAAUGUUAUAAUAAUAAUGUUAAUUCAAAACUUAAAACUUUACUCGCUUCAAAUAAAGAAACAGAAAAUGAAGGGGAAGCUGUUUUAGUUUUACGAUCCAGCCAAGAGAGCGAUAAACAGAAUUGUACGAAAAUUCUCAACGCUAGCCCAGUUGCUAAUCCUAAACAAUUGCCCAACAAAAAGUCAAAUACGCCUAUGCCGACAGAAACUUUGUCUGGGGCCGACGAUGUUUUGCUUAAUUAUAACAACGACGAGUCGAAUAUGUCGUUUAUAACUUCGGUGAUUUCGUUAGCAAAUUACGAUCAAGAAAAACAUAAAGAAAAAAAUUGCCCACCCAGGCCAGAGAACACGCAGAAGAAUGGCACUGAAACAAAUAUGCCACGAAUAAAAGUGAAGUCUGUGUCGGAACUCAUGCCUGAUAAGAGUAAGGAGAAGCCAAGCGAUCCGAUUGCCAGGACCGGCUGGACUGCAACUAGCUUGGUGCCCAUAGCUUCCAAUGCAAAUAUGGUAUAUGUUGCCAACGUUUCUCAAUAUAAACCGUCGGAGCCGGCAACAGUUUUAUGUUAUCCACAAAGAUUUUGCAAUGUUAAUAAUAAUAGAAUCGAAAUUCCCGAAUCAAACGCUCCUCCUCCUAAACACGUGCCGACAAAGGUUACACAGGAAUGUGUUAUUAUGCACACGGUCGAGUUACCUAACACUAAAACGAACUCCCCGUUUAAAUACUUCCAAAGAUUACUCCAAUUACACAAUAUUGUUUUACUGGAUAGUACAGCGGCAGUUCCGCACACUAUGAAGUGUAUUAUAAAAUUCACUUUAGGUUUCCAGCAAGAAAAUAAUGCUCCUGUGAGCCUUUCCUUGACGUUAUUCUACGACGGUAGUGUUUUUUGUAUUAAAGUGACGGACAUGGCGCUAAAAGAAAUAGACAUAUCAAAGCUAUCCGCUAACUGGCAAUGGGAAAUACUUAAGGUGUUCAAAGGUGAUAUAGUUAACAAGCUCCAUAUAAACGCUCUUAAGCAUGGCCUGGACAUCAACGCUAAAGUUAAUUAUUUUGUAAGUUUACUCAAAUCUAUUGUAUUUACCAAAUAACCAAUCAUGUUUUCUAAUUUUUGUCAUUCGUCUUGGAAAAAAGUGCCUAGAGAUUUUGUAAAUAUGAAUUACAAUAUUGUCUCAAAAUUCUGAUGCCAUCAUGAGAUUAUUAUCAAAAAUAUUUAAGUGCCAUGUCAUUAAAAUCUCUGGAGCGAAAUACAAAAUAUGUCUUAUUGUUGGGAAUAAAAAAAAAUUGUUCCGUUCUAAAGAAUAUUGGUUGGUUGGUCCAUGAUAACAUAUCUCGUAUACUGUUGAGUAUUUUUAAUCAAUAGUAUAAGUGAUAUUAUAUUAUGUAAGAAAAUUGUAACAUAUGUUUUUCGUUGGUGCCAUGUUCAAAACAUGUUGAGCUGAAUUUUUUUUGAAAAUACUUCAAACUAUUUCUUGUGACAAUACUCGUGAGUAAGUUCAGGACUAAGUUAUCAUACUUUUCAUGUGCUUCAGUCCUAUAUACUUGUUUAGAUUCUAAGCGAGGCCAUAUUCAACAUAAGGUCAAGUUAAAUUUUUAUGAAGUACAAUUGCUUGUUGGGUCAAACAAUUAAUUAUUUCUUACAAUUAGUACUUAGUAUUUUUUUAUUUGUAUAUGUAUGUAUGUUUGUAUGUAAGGAUGUUAAAUAUUUUUAUUCAAAAUAAACCACUUUUUAUGUAA